GCAAAGCAAGUUUUUGGUGGCAGUGGGCAGCGACCAGCGUGUGUCCCGGCGCGUUUAAGGUCGACGAUCCACUCAUAGGGCGCUCGUUUAGGUGCCAAGCUUCGGAGGCUGAAGGCAAGCGGCGCAGGCCCAGUGGAGCGGCGCUACCCAGCUGCACUGACGUCUCUCACCUGUCGCCUUUACCUCGAGACGGCAGCUGUCCAACUUUCGCAUGUCGUAGCCUCGCCCACAACACGACUUCGUUUUCGCCCAUCUCCACCCCCGAACCCGCAAUGGCACGCGACAGGUUUGCUCGGCAGAGCCUCGGUGGCACGCUCCAUCAGCGCAUCAGAGAGGCACGCGUCUUGAUGGUAGGAGCUGGCGGCAUCGGCUGCGAACUGCUCAAGAACCUCGUUCUCACCGGCUUUGGCGAAAUCCACAUUGUAGACCUCGACACCAUCGACCUCAGCAACCUCAACCGCCAAUUCCUGUUCCGCAACGAGCAUAUCAAGAAGUCCAAAGCAUUGGUUGCGAAAGAGUCGGCCGGCAAGUUCAACCCCAACGUCAGCAUCGUAGCGUACCACGACAACAUCAAGGAUGGCCAGUUCAGUGUCGCCUGGUUCCAGAGCUUCGGCCUCGUCUUCAAUGCGCUGGACAAUUUGGACGCGCGGCGACAUGUCAACAAGAUGUGUCUCGCGGCCAAUGUCCCGCUGAUUGAGAGUGGCACCACUGGCUUCAACGGCCAAGUUCAGGUUAUCAAGCGGGGCGAAACCGAAUGCUACGAUUGCACACCCAAAGACGCCCCCAAGUCGUUCCCCGUAUGCACCAUCCGAAGCACGCCCUCGCAACCCAUCCACUGCAUAGUAUGGGGCAAGUCAUAUCUCUUCGCCGAGAUCUUUGGCACCUCAGAAGACGAAGCGCCCGAGCUAGACCAUAGCGAAGAUGCCGACAAUGCCAGCGAAGUCGCGAAUCUACGAAAGGAAGCACAAGCGCUGAAGCGAAUUCGCGAUUCCAUGGGCUCCCAGGACUUCCCGCGACUGGUUUUCGACAAGGUUUUCAACGAGGAUAUCGAGCGGUUACGGAGCAUGGAAGACAUGUGGAAGACUAGGAAAGCGCCCGAGGCAUUGGACUACGACACGCUUAUGCAGGAAUCGCUAGGUGUGGGUACAGGAAUCGCACAGCAAGACCAAGUCACAUGGAAUGUAGCGGAGAAUUUCGCCGUCUUCGUGGACAGCAUCAAGCGACUCAGUACUCGGCUGGAAGAGACGCGCGCAAACGCUGAUAUUGGGAACUCGGUGCCUAUUCUCAGCUUCGACAAGGACGACGUGGACACGCUGGACUUUGUCGUCGCAAGUGCAAACCUGCGCUCACACAUCUUUGGCAUAGAAAUGCGGUCCAAGUUUGACAUCAAGCAAAUGGCUGGCAACAUUAUUCCUGCGAUUGCGACUACAAACGCCAUGACUGCCAGUCUCUGCGUUCUACAAGCUUUCAAAGUCAUGCGCGAACAGCUCGACAAAGCCAAGAUGGUCUUCCUUACCCGUAGCACUGAGCGCGUCAUCUCAAGCGAGUCACUGCGACCACCAAAUCCCCGCUGUGCAACUUGCGGCGUAUGCUAUGCCACACUGCAUGUCGAUUUACCGCGUGCGAAACUGAGCGAUCUGGUCAAUAUCAUUCUGAAGGAACAGCUGGGCUAUGGAGAAGAAUUCAGUGUCAAGCGAGAUUCGGAUAUACUCUACGAUAUCGACGAGGACAUGCAUCUCGACAAGACAUUCGAGGAACUCGGCCUUAACGGCGACACCUUCCUCACAAUCUCCGAUGACUCGGAAGAAGAUGGGAAGGUUGAUUUAGUAUUUUCUGUGAUACACCAAGAUUUCACCGAGAACGCAAACCCACUCAGGUUACCGGAUGAAGUCAAGAUUGCGACAAAGCCCAAGAUGCCUGUACCAGAGACCAUUGACCAUGCGACUGUCAACGGCACCGUUCUGAACGGUGACGUCACGGAUAUCAGCAACGGAAACACGAAUGGUGCUGCGAAGCGCACAGCCAGCGAAGCAGGUCUCCAGGAUGAGCUCGUCCGGAAGAAGGGUAAGGUCAUCGAGGAGUCACAAAAGAAAGACGAUGGCCACAUCACUAUCGAAGACGACAAGAAUGACGGAGCGAUUGUCAUUGAUGAUGACUGAACAACUUGGCGACAAGCUUGAUUGCUGGCUGCAAGUCAGCGAACCAUCAUCUUGCGUCUCGUCAUUGGCUCUGUUGGCGACACUAAAGUAUACGAUAUACUUCACUCUUUUUUUCUCGACGUUGGAUCAUAAGCGUUGGAGCCUGAUUGCUUAUGUCCAUUGCACCCAUCUCACCACAUCCUUGCACCUGGAACAACGGCUCGGUAUUCGAUGCGCUUGCAGCAUAUAGAUUUCCUUUUCUGUACCAUACAUCAGCCAGCCAUUUGAAGUCGUCGCCAUGGACGUCUUCUGGAUUCAUUGGCUUACCCUAGUCUAAGGAGCAUUUGGUGGAAGGAAUCACGUCUGGAGAAAGCCACCAGGCCGUCUUGCAAGGCCGGAAUGGCAACUGAUUGGGAAGAUCUCAAACAUUGUAGUAGUAAAUGACUUAGACGGCAGAUAAGCCACCAUCUAGAUUCAAUACACAAUUGUGUGCAUAUUUG